GGAGAGAUGACGUCAGAGGGAGCGCGGCGGGGCCGGGGCCGGGAUGCACCGGCGGGGGGUGGGCGCGGGCGCCAUCGCCAAGAAGAAGCUCGCGGAGGCGAAGUACAAGGAGCGAGGGACGGUCCUGGCCGAAGACCAGCUGGCCCAGAUGUCUAAGCAGCUGGACAUGUUUAAGACCAACUUAGAAGAGUUUGCUAGCAAACACAAGCAAGAGAUCCGUAAAAACCCCGAGUUCCGGGUCCAGUUCCAGGAUAUGUGUGCCACGAUCGGAGUGGAUCCUUUGGCAUCCGGUAAAGGAUUCUGGUCGGAGAUGCUGGGAGUUGGAGACUUUUACUACGAACUGGGUGUGCAGAUCAUUGAGGUUUGCCUGGCUCUGAAACACAGGAAUGGAGGUCUGAUAACGCUGGAAGAACUUCAUCAGCAAGUGCUGAAGGGAAGGGGAAAGUUCGCUCAGGACGUCAGCCAGGAUGAUCUCCUUCGUGCAAUCAAGAAACUGAAGGUCUUGGGGAAUGGCUUCGGGAUUAUCCCUGUUGGUGGAACAUAUCUGAUCCAGUCGGUACCGGCUGAACUGAACAUGGAUCACACGGUCAUCCUGCAGCUGGCAGAGAAAAAGGGCUACGUAACGGUCAGUGAGAUCAGGUCCAGUCUGAAGUGGGAGACGGAACGUGCAAAGCAAGUGCUGGAACACUUGCUGAAGGAAGGAAUGGCCUGGCUGGAUACGCAGGCAGCAGGAGAACCUCAGUACUGGCUGCCUGCUCUCUUUACAGAGCUGUACUCUCAGGAAAUCACUCCAGAGGAAGCCAAGGAGGCAAUACCUUGACCGCUACGUGUUCUGUGCCUGUGUACAAUUCUUGUGAGGUUAUUUGCAUAUCACCUGAAACACAGGGACAGCGCACUUGAAAUAAAAGUUUUGUAAAAAGUG